GGCAGGCCCCGCCUUGGCUCCUCUGGCAGGCUCCCGCCAGCGUCGCUGCGACUCUGGCGGGGGAGCGAGUGCUAGGAGCCUGGAAGGAUGCGGCGCCCGCGGCGGCCUGGGGGUCCCGGGGGGUCCGGGGGCCUCCGGCUGCUCGUCUGUCUCCUGCUGCUGAGCAGCCACCCGGGAGGCUGCAGCGCCAUUAGUGCCCACGGCUGUCUGUUUGACCGUAGACUCUGCUCUCACCUCGAAGUCUGUAUUCAGGAUGGUUUGUUUGGACAGUGCCAGGUGGGAGUGGGGCAGGCACGGCCCCUUUUGCAAGUCACCUCUCCAGUUCUCCAACGCUUACAAGGUGUGCUCCGACAGCUCAUGUCUCAAGGAUUAUCCUGGCAUGAUGACCUCACGCAGUAUGUGAUAUCUCAGGAGAUGGAGCGCAUCCCCAGGCUUCGCCCCCCAGAGCCCCGCCCAAGGGACAGAUCUGGCUUGGUGCCCAGGAGACCCGGUCCUGCUGGGGAGCUGCUAUCACAGGGCAUCCCCACUGGUUCUGCCCCUGCUGCCCAGGGGCUUCCUCGACCUCCAGUGGGUGGGGGUGGAGCUGGGGCAGGCUCCCCACUGUCCCCUCUGCAGGCUGAGUUGCUGCCCCCUCUUUUGGAGCAUCUUCUGCUGCCCCCGCAGGCUCCCCACCCUGCCCUGAGUUAUGAACCUACCUUGUUGCAGCCCUACCUAUUCCACCAGUUUGGCUCCCGGGAUGGCUCCCGGAGCCCAGAGAGCUCACCAGGAAUGGUCAGUGUUGGUCCCCUUCCCAAGGCUGAAGCUCCUCCCCUGUUGAGCAGAACUGCCUCCAAGGGCAUGUUUGGGGCCCAUUCUGGUCACUCCUAUGGGGACCUUCCUGGGCCCUCACCUGCUCAGCUUUUCCAGGAUUCAGCAUUGCUUUAUUUGGCCCAGGAAUUGCCAGUCCCCAGCAGGGCCAGGAUACCAAGGCUGCCAGAGCAAGGGGGCGGCAGUCGGGCAGAAGACUCCUCAGAGGGCUAUGAGGAGGAAGGACUAGUGGGUCGUGGGGAGAAGCCUUCUUCCCCAGCAGUACAGCCAGCAGACAUAACCCUGCAGAGACUGGCCACUGUCCUUGCGGGCUAUGGAGUGGAGUUGCGCCAACUGACCCCUGAGCAGCUUUCCACACUCUCAACCCUGCUGCAGCUGCUACCCAAGGGCACAGGAAGAAAUCUGGGAGGGGUUGUGAAUGUUGGAGCUGAUGUCAAGAAAACCACGGAGGAGCAGGUGCAGGGUGGAGACUUUGCAGAACCUCCACCCCCAACACCCUCCCUGCCCGGGUACCCCACUGCCAGCCCUAUCUCCAAUAAAGACCAGCAGCUACUGAACCCUGCGCCUUCUGAGCCCCCCAAAGCUGCAAGUCCCUCCACUACACCUGUCCUGCUGGAGAAGAAAAGUUCACCAGGCCAAAUCCAGCCCACAGUGAUGGGACAACCUUUAGCUCGACCAUCAGCAGAGGAGUAUGGUUACAUCGUCACUGACCAGAAACCCCUGAGCCUGGCUGCAGGAGUGAAGCUGCUGGAGAUCCUGGCUGAGCAUGUGCACAUGUCCUCAGGCAGCUUCAUCAACAUCAGUGUGGUGGGACCGGCCCUCACCUUUCGCAUCCGGCACAAUGAACAGAACCUGUCUUUGGCGGAUGUGACCCUGCAAGCUGGGCUGGUGAAGUCUGAACUGGAAGCGCAGACAGGGCUCCAGAUCUUGCAGACAGGAGUGGGACAGAGGGAGGAGGCAGCCGCAGUCCUUCCCCGACCAGCCCACAGCACCUCUCCCAUGCGCUCAGUGCUGCUUACUCUGGUAGCCCUGGCAGGUGUCGCCGGGCUGCUAGUGGCUUUGGCAGUGGCUCUGUGUAUGCGCCAGCACUCGCGGCAGCGGGACAAGGAGCGCCUGGCAGCCCUGGGGCCUGAGGGGGCCCAUGGUGACACGACCUUUGAGUACCAGGACCUGUGUCGCCAACAUAUGGCCACAAAGUCCCUGUUCAACCGGGCAGAGGGUCCACCAGAGCCUUCGAGGGUGAGCAGUGUGUCCUCCCAGUUCAGUGAUGCGGCCCAGGCCAGCCCCAGCUCCCACAGCAGCACGCCAUCCUGGUGCGAGGAGCCUGCACAGGCCAACAUGGACAUCUCCACGGGACACAUGAUUCUGGCAUACAUGGAGGACCACCUGCGGAACCGGGACCGCCUGGCCAAGGAGUGGCAGGCCCUGUGUGCCUACCAAGCAGAGCCGAACUCCUGCGCCACUGCACAGGGAGAGGGCAACAUCAAGAAGAACCGCCAUCCGGACUUCCUGCCCUAUGACCAUGCCCGCAUCAAGCUGAAGGUGGAGAGCAGCCCUUCUCGAAGUGAUUACAUCAAUGCCAGCCCCAUUAUUGAACACGACCCGAGAAUGCCAGCCUACAUAGCUACGCAGGGACCGCUGUCCCAUACCAUCGCAGACUUCUGGCAGAUGGUAUGGGAGAGCGGCUGCACUGUCAUCGUCAUGCUGACCCCACUGGUGGAGGAUGGCGUCAAGCAGUGUGACCGCUACUGGCCAGAUGAGGGCUCCUCUCUGUAUCAUGUAUAUGAGGUGAACCUGGUGUCGGAGCACAUCUGGUGCGAGGACUUCCUGGUAAGGAGCUUCUACCUGAAGAACGUACAGACCCAGGAGACGCGCACGCUCACGCAGUUCCACUUCCUCAGCUGGCCGGCAGAGGGCACGCCGGCCUCCACCCGGCCGCUGCUGGACUUCCGCAGGAAGGUGAACAAGUGCUACCGGGGCCGCUCCUGCCCCAUCAUCGUGCACUGCAGUGAUGGUGCAGGGAGGACUGGCACCUACAUCCUCAUUGACAUGGUAUUGAACCGCAUGGCGAAAGGAGUGAAGGAGAUUGACAUUGCUGCCACCCUGGAACAUGUCCGUGAUCAGCGACCUGGCCUUGUCCGCUCUAAGGACCAGUUUGAAUUUGCCCUGACAGCUGUGGCAGAGGAGGUGAACGCCAUCCUCAAGGCCCUACCCCAAUGAGAACCCCCAGAGCCUCCUAGUGGGCAGCCCAGCCUCUGUUCCCUCUGCCUGUGUGAGCAUCUAUCUGUAUACCUACUCCUCAGCCCCCACCCACCACCUUGGUCCCCCUUGGGCACCCCCAGCCCUUCCAAGAGCAGCGUGUAAGCGAGGGGAAGUGGGAAGGGCAGGCCUGUGCAGCCUCACGCAUGCCAGAGCUGGGGCAGCCACUAGAGGAGCUGGCAGUGGCCAGGAGGAGAGGAGAGGACGUAGGCAGCAAAUCUACCCAAGCCUUCUCCUGCUUGAAUUCCCUGGGCCCUCUUUGUGGUUCUGGAUGCUCCUGACACCUCUGUGUAUUCCCCUGGCCUGCUGUGUGAACACAGCAGGGUGGGGUGCACCAGCUUUCCCAGCCCUGCUGCUACUGGCCUGCCGCCUUGACCCUCACACAGGGACUCUCCUCCCUGCCCCCAGGGCCUCCUCUCUCUACCCUCCUGCCAUGUGCCAAUCAACCUCUUCCUCUGGCACAAGAGAGCAUUUCUAGAAAAAUCUACUUUUGUAUCAAUGUGAAUAAAGUUAGUGUUGUCUGUGCAGCUGCA